GGGCUUUUAUAUAUAAUCAGUAAGCCCAGUUUCUUUAAAACCCUAGUCCUUUUCUUUAAAGCCAGGGAGAAACUCUUUGUUGUGCGGCUCUGCGAAAACUUGGAAAAUGGGUGCUUACAAGUAUGUGUCUGAGCUAUGGAGGAAGAAGCAGUCCGACGUCAUGAGGUUCGUGCAGAGGGUUAGGUGCUGGGAGUACAGACAGCAGCCUUCGAUCGUCCGUCUCGUCAGGCCUACUCGUCCCGACAAGGCUCGUCGUUUGGGUUACAAAGCCAAACAGGGGUUUGUGGUGUACCGUGUCCGAGUGAGACGUGGUGGACGCAAGAGGCCUGUGCCAAAGGGUAUUGUGUAUGGUAAGCCCACAAACCAGGGAGUCACCCAACUCAAGUUCCAGAGGAGCAAGCGUUCCGUUGCUGAGGAGCGUGCUGGAAGGAAACUGGGCGGCCUCAGAGUCGUCAACUCCUACUGGCUCAACGAGGAUUCGACCUACAAGUACUACGAGAUCAUCUUGGUUGACCCGGCACACAACGCUGUGCGUAACGACCCGAGAAUCAACUGGAUCUGCAACCCGGUGCACAAACACCGUGAGCUCAGAGGACUUACAUCUGAGGGAAAGAAGAACAGAGGACUGCGCGGAAAAGGUCACAACAACCACAAGAACCGCCCGUCUCGCAGAGCAACCUGGAAGAAAAACAAUUCUCUUUCCCUUCGUCGUUACCGCUGAUUGCUCUUUUGCUAUCGUCAUCUUCGUCUAUGUUUCAUCUUGUUGGUGUUGUUUUAUCUAUUGCGUGAUGACUUUUUUUUUUUGCAAAUUUUGGAGACUAUACAAUUGCCUUCGGAUUAUGGUUUUAAACGAAUACCUUUAUAUUUGCUUGCGUUAA